ACGGCGGCAGCCAGGCCAUGGCCGAAGUGGAGGAAACCCUCAAGAGGAUCCAAGCCCACAAAGGGGUUAUUGCAACUAUGGUUAUAAACGCCGAAGGAAUUCCAAUAAGAACAACUCUUGAUAACUCUACAACAGUGCAGUAUGCAGGUCUUCUUCAUCAGCUCACCGUGAAAGCUAGGAGCACAGUGAGAGAUAUUGAUCCUCAGAAUGAUCUAACCUUUCUUAGGAUCAGAUCAAAGAAACAUGAAAUUAUGAUAGCUCCAGAUAAGGAGUAUCUCCUGAUCGUUAUUCAGAACCCAUGUGAAUAGUCCUACUAUGGCAAUACUUUCAGAGACAGUGAUGUAGUUCUACUUGUUAACCUAUAUAUUAUUUGUUGAUAUUUAAUAGCAAACAUAGCACUAAGUAAUUUUGCAUAAAGUGUAACUGUCACGACUAAACUGUUGCCAAUUUGAAGUUCUCAGUUUUAGCUGUAUCAAUUUGUGUUUCAGCAACUCAUAAUGCAUAUAUCAAAAUACUGUACGUUUAUUUUGAUACUCAGAA